AUGGUUUAUCAGUAUAUCCUUGGAGGGAUUAUAGCUUAUUAUAGUUUGAUGUUUGUGUUUGGUGUUUAUGGUUCUUCAUCAAAGAAAAAGAUUAAUGAUUGUGUUAAUAUUAAUAGUGCAUCAGAAAAUGGAAAAUUAUGUUCUCAAGAAGGUUCUGAUUGUGUAGACAUUAUUAUUGUAGGAGCUGGUGUUGCUGGUUCAGCCCUUGCUUACACACUUGGGAAGGAUGGAAGACGAGUACAUGUUAUUGAGAGAGAUUUGAGUGAACCUGACAGGAUUGUCGGUGAAUUGCUACAACCAGGAGGUUAUUUGAAAUUAAUUGAAUUAGGUCUUGAAGAUUGUGUAGAAGAAAUUGAUGCUCAAAGAGUGUUUGGCUAUGCUCUUUAUAAAGAUGGAAAAAACACCAAACUUUCUUACCCUUUGGAAAAAUAUAAUGCUGAUAUUUCUGGAAGAAGUUUUCACAAUGGCCGUUUCAUACAGAAAAUGCGACAAAAGGCUUCAUCUAUUCCAAAUGUUAAGUUAGAAGAAGGAACUGUUACAUCUUUAAUAGAAGGAAAUGGAAGCAUCAAAGGGGUAAACUAUAGAACCAAGAGUGGACAAGAGAUCAUAGCAAAUGCUCCUCUUACCAUUGUUUGUGAUGGUUGUUUUUCCAACUUAAGACGUUCUCUUUGCAACCCAAAGGUUGAUGUACCAUCUCAUUUUGUUGGUUUCAUACUAGAGAAAUGCAACCUUCCACAUGCAAACCAUGGACAUGUUAUCCUAGGUGACCCUUCUUCCAUUUUGUUUUAUCCAAUCAGUAGCACGGAGACUCGUUGUUUAGUCGAUGUUCCUGGCGAAAAACUACCUUCAAUUUCCAACGGUGACAUGGCUCGUUACCUCAAAACAGUUGUAACACCCCAGGUUCCGCUUGAGCUAUGUUGUGCUUUUAUAGAAGCAGUUGAUAAAGGAAACAUAAGAAGCAUGCCAAAUAGAAGCAUGCCAGCAUGUCCUUAUCUCAAACCAGGAGCUAUUCUAAUAGGAGAUGCUUUCAACAUGAGACACCCUUUAACUGGUGGAGGAAUGACUGUAGCAUUAUCUGAUAUUGUUCUACUAAGGGAUCUUCUUAGACCUAUCCAUCAUUUACAUCAUGCUUCUUCUCUUUCCAAAUAUCUCGAAUCAUUUUACACCCUUCGUAAGCCAGUGGCAUCGACGAUAAACACAUUAGCUGAAGCAUUAUACAAAGUGUUUUCUGCGUCGAGUGACACCGCGAGUAAGGAAAUGAGAGAAGCAUGUUUUGAUUAUUUGAGUCUUGGAGGAGUUUUCUCAGAAGGACCAAUAGCAUUACUUGCUGGUCUAAGUCCGAGUCCAUUGAUCUUGCUUCUCCAUUUCUUCGGUGUCGCGAUUUAUGGUGUUUCUCGAUUGCUCUUACCGUUUCCUUCUCCAAAACGCUUGUGGAUCGGAGCAAGAUUGAUUUAUGUAAGAGGUGCAUUAGGUAUAAUUUUUCCAAUUAUCAAAGAUGAAGGAGUUAGAGAAAUGUUCUUUCCCUUUACUGUGGCAGCAUACUAUAGAACCCCACCUGCAUAA